CGCGUCUACUUGAUACAAAAGCUCAAAGGCACUUGCUUCGGCUGCUUGGUUCCCGCAGAAACGCUCACAUAAUGUCCAGCUACGAUCAAUCUUUGACCAUCUUUUCUCCUGACGGACAUCUCUUCCAAGUCGAAUAUGCAUCUGAAGCCGUCAGAAAGGGAACGUGUGCGGUCGGCGUGCGCGGAAAGGACGUUGUUGUUCUUGGUGUCGAAAAGAAGUCAGUGCUAAAGCUUCAAGACCCUCGCACUGUUCGCAAGGUUUGCAUGCUUGACGAUCAUGUCUGUUUGGCUUUUGCAGGUCUUAGCGCAGAUGCUCGUGUUCUUAUAAAACAGGCUCGAAUCGAGUGCCAGAGUCAUCGCCUUACCGUUGAGGAUCCUGUUUCUAUUGAAUACAUUACCCGAUUUAUCGCCAAGCUUCAACAAAGAUACACACAAAUGCCAGGUGUUCGCCCAUUCGGCAUUUCAACACUUAUUGCUGGAUUUGACUCGGAUAACAAGCCAAAACUUUUCAUGACAGAACCAUCAGGCAUUGAUACUGCAUGGAAGGCAAACGCAAUAGGAAGGAGCUCAAAAACAGUACGCGAGUUUUUAGAAAAGAAUUACCAAAACGAUAUGGAGCAAAGAGAUAGCAUCAAACUUGCUAUCAAGUCACUACUUGAGGUUGUGCAAACUGGUGCCAAGAACAUUGAAAUUGCUGUGAUGACUGAUGAUAAGAAAGUCAGGAAUUUGGAAGUUGAAGAGGUCGAGGAAAUAGUAGCCGAGAUUGAGAAGGAAAAGGAGGAAGAGGCCGAGAAGAAGAAGAAGCCAACAUCGUCCGCCUAAUCUCCGUUAUUUUUUACACUUUGCAAAUAAAACCCUUAUGUACAGUGCCUUUAUCGCAUGGAAUUCAUCAAAUGCA